CCUUCUUCACGAAUGUUCAUCGCGUCAACUGCAUCAACAGUCAAAACGGUCAAAACAAUAAUAAACUGGAAUUCCAUUUCCAUAUCGCAGCAGAGUAUUAUUUUAAAAAAUUAGUUCAACAAUAAUUAUUAUCAGAUAGCAGCAAAUAAUGUCCGUUCCACUUGAUGCACGAGAAAUACUUUGUCACCUGAAUCAACUGGGUUACCGAAAUAUUACACCGGACCAGCUGAAGGAAUUCCAAAAAGAUCUCCGCAAACUGAUCAAAUUCGACACCCGGAUAAGCGAUGGAACGGUAGAACGGCGCGUACUGCAGCAAACGACACAGCAUUUGGACACAUUCCAACGGUUGCAUACGCUAACAACAAUCAGCUACGACGCAAAAGUCGCCGGCAAACGGCAGCCCGGAUCAAAAGUACAAUCGGCCGCUUCCUCACGAAGAACGGAUGUUACCGAGGAGGAAGCUCACCAUCACCACAGUCAUCCAAAAGAAGGGAAAGAGAAUCGACCGGCACGAAUCAAAACGAAACAGCAGCACCCCGAAAAGGAACCUGCGGCAAACAAAAUGUGGAUUCGACCGAGAAGCACCAGUGCAAACAAAAAUCGUAAAAACGAUCCUGUUUCACUCUACCACGCGUACCAGAAAGAAUGGGCAAGGUUCAAGAAUCAACUGCCGGGAGAAAACAGCCACUCUGAUCUUCGAUGGCAGGUGCGCACGAAACUACUGGCGGAAAAAUGAAAUGAAUUGACCCAUAGCUGAAAAACCGUCCAUGACUAGUUAAAUUGAACAAGGCUGAAAUACAUUCCAAUUUUAAUAAA